UUUGUUUUCGUGCGUUGCUUGUUUGCGAAUGUAUUCGCCAUCCGAUUUGCCGACUUGUUUUGAUCGAAUUCGCCGCACCGCUAGUCUUUGUCUGGCUUCGCUGAUAGUGCAGGAGCGCAGUUCAAAAUCGAUGGUUGUUAGGUAAACACCUGCUUUUUUGUUACUGCGGACCUGAACAAAUCGAGUUCGUUGUCCAGUCGGGCGAAUUAAAGUCUGUUUUUCCGCACGCGUUUUGUUUAUUGCCCGGUGACUUGUUGCUGUUCUUCGUCUCGUUUAUCAGCGAUUGCAAAUACUUGCUGCUCAACACUUUAGUUAAUACUUAGCAACUAGCCAGAGAGGUUUACAGAUCGCAGACGCUCCAAAACAGCAACAUGGUUAUCAACUUCGCCGCUGGUCCAGCCAAAUUGCCCGAAGAGGUACUUAAAGAGGUGCAGGAAAACUUACUCAACUGCAAUGGAAGUGGAAUCUCGGUCAUGGAAAUGUCCCAUCGUUCCAGCAACUAUGCCAAGAUCCAAGAGGCGGCUAUCAACGAUCUUCGAGAGCUCUUGAAUGUGCCCAGCAACUACAAGAUUCUGCUGAUGCAAGGCGGUGGCACUGGGCAGUUUGCAGCAGUGGCCAUGAAUCUAAUUGGGCAAACUGGCACUGCGGAUUAUGUUAUCACCGGUUCGUGGUCCUCGAAGGCGGCAAAGGAGGCGGCUCAGUACGGCACAGUGAACGCCGUGUUGCCUAAGCUCGCCAAAUAUACAUCCGUUCCACGGCAGGACACCUGGAAGCUGAACCCCAAGGCCUCGUAUGUCUACUAUUGCGACAAUGAAACCGUAGAGGGUGUGGAGUUCGACUUUGUGCCCGAGGUUCCAGCUGGAGUUCCACUAGUGGCUGACAUGUCCUCCAACUUCCUUUCACGUCCUAUUGAUGUCUCCAAAUUUGGCGUUAUCUAUGCGGGAGCUCAGAAAAAUGUCGGACCAGCGGGUACCACAGUGAUCAUUGUCCGAGAGGAUUUAAUAGGCAAGCACCUGAAGAUCACUCCCUCCAUUCUGAAUUUUGAGCUGAUGGAUAAGAACAGCUCUCUGCUUAAUACUCCUCCAACUUUUGGCAUCUAUGUUAUGGGUCUGGUUUUCAAGUGGAUUAAGCGCAAUGGAGGCGUUGCCGGGAUGGCCAAGUUGUCUGCGGCCAAAUCCAAACUCAUUUACGACACCAUUGACCAGUCAAAUGGUUUCUAUCACUGCCCCUUGGAUGUGAAUAUUCGUUCCCGAAUGAAUGUUCCCUUCAGGAUUGGCAGUGCCAGCGGGGAUGACGCGUUGGAGAAGGAGUUCCUGGCCAAGGCCGAGGCGGAGGGCAUGAUCCAGUUGAAGGGUCACCGCUCGGUGGGCGGUAUUCGGGCCUCGCUUUACAAUGCUGUUACGUUGGCCGAAACCCAGCAGUUGGCCAAUCUCAUGCUGGCCUUUUACAAAAACAAUAAAAAUUAAAAAUGCUCCUUUGUAA